UUUUUAGAGGUAGUCAUAUUUUAGCGUGUAUAUUUUGUGUUUGGAACGCGGGUAGGGCACGAACAUAAGAGUUGAUAUAAGUGUGGUUCCCAAAUAUUGCCGUGUGCGCAUUGUGCACAUGGCCUCUGUAAAUUGUUGUCAAAUGAUAUUAGAGGAUAUUGAAAAAUUUUAUCUGCAUGUCAUCUAGCAGCACAAAGUAAAAACGGCUAGCCGUAAUAACAAAGGAUAUCUAAAGUAUUAUUAUAAAAUGACCGGGUGUAAAAAGUGGUUGAAGUGCAAAAAAAAUAAACUACCAAAGCCCACCAUGAUAUCCAGAUCGUCGUUAACCGAAGUUACUCAACCAUUAUAUGAAAAUGAAUACAUGGCGAAUAAUGCUUCAACCUCCAAAAUCGUGCCUCAACCUUCGACACCAGUUAGUGGUUUAAAGAAAGAAAAUGAAAUAAAUAAUUUUGAUACUAUAAACGAUUACACCAUACAUAAAUCAGAUAGUUACAUACAAUCAAGUGAAUCGAAGAAAAUUUUGAAUGUUAAUCUAGAAGAUCUUUCAAACAUAGAAGAUAAUUUAUGUUGUAAAUCAUCAGAUGCUGGAACAAAUACAUCGUACGAUUUUAAUAAAUGUGAAAAUUCUUUCAAUGGUAGUAAUCGUUUUCAUGAAAAUGAUGUACAGAUAAAUAAGCAACCGUUAAGCAAUAAAACUUCAGAUACAACCAACUUAAAUAUUGAAAACAAUAAAAAUCCAAGAGCGUCUCUUUCAAAAUUAGAGUUUGUGUGUUCUCUAUAUGUAACGGCUUGCCCCACAAUUGUUCGACCAGGUGACGAGAAACGAGAGCCAGUCAAUUACAAAGACUUGGAGAAGGCAAUUCAAUUCAUUAAACCAAUAGGAUCAUUUAAGGUUUCAGAGACAAAAUGCGGCUUAAUUGCAACUUUCACUCAUGAAUUAGAUGCAGAUAAUCUGUUAUUAAAUUUAAAUUUGGCUCAAGCACUUCAUGGGCCAGUUCAAGUUGCAAGAUUCUCACGUCGAGAUGCUCGUUAUAAACAAAUAGCAACUCUAAGAGAUGUUCCAUGGUCUAUUCCAAUGCAAGAUAUUUGUACAGCAUUAACAUUUCAAGGUAUUUCUUAUGAAAACGUUGAUCGAUUUCGAAAUAAUGUACGAGUUGAAAUACUGGAUGCAAAUCAUUACGAAAAUUUAAUAUCACAAGGGCUUAAUUUUUUUGAUGCAGCUCGUUUUUUAGCAGUACCUGAACGAUGGUAUCGAAAUUCAAGAUCAAAUUCAGCAGCAAAUGAUGGUCACGAUACAGAUUCUGUUCUACAGUGCUAUCGUUGCCAAGGUUUUUGGCAUGUGGCGGCGAAUUGUCGACACUUACCCCGAUGUGUUCGAUGUGGUGAACCUCAUGGUGUAGAAUUUUGUCCACGUCCACGAAAUAAUCCAAUAUGCUGUCAUUGUUCAGGAGCACAUCAUGCUGCAUACAAAAGUUGUCCCGUUCGAGUACAAUUAAUGAAUGCUAUCCCUGUAAGUAUGUCAUUGUCUACAACAAGAAGUAUUUCGCAAUCUCGAGAAACAAGAUCACGUUGUCGAUCUUAAAAUUCGUCAUCCACUAGCUGCUACCACAUUAAAUCACAAUACACGCUGCUUCUUUUAAGUCUAGUUUUAACUAAAUUGUGUAUAAGUUUAUAAUUUACUCUAGUAAAAAAACCAAACACCCUAAUGUAAAAUAGUCACUUAUCAUCAUUGU